CCAUCCUCGUCCAAGGUACUGAAAAUCUGUCAAGGAAAGUAACACAAGAACAAUGUCUUGGAUUACGCUGCAGCAAAGAUGACCACAUUUUUGAACGUAGCUUUACAGUCUCCUGGUGCCUACCUUUCGUUCAGAAAGUAAAUGCUGACAAAGUCUUAGAAGGCUUUUCGUUUUUAAGAGGAAGAAGAUCAGCGUCAUUACGCGAAAUCUGUUCGUCGCUGUGUGAUUUCCCCAUUUUUUCCUCAGAACAAUUCAUUGUUACGCUGAUUCGUUUAGUUGGGUCUCUGUUUUUUGUCGGACAUUGCCCACCUCACCACAAACAAAACGUGUCACUGAGCCAUCCGGUCACGAUGCACUGAUACAGUCGUACCGCUGUCGAAUCCUUCGUUAAUUUAAAAGGUGAGCCGUGUGGUUUCCAUGGAGACGAGUGCCCUGGCCCAGCAGGUGGAGAGCGUGGAGCGCAGCGUGGCGUUCCUGCAGCAGGAACACCUGGUGCUGCUCACCGGGCUUCGGCUGGAGAUCCUGCACCUCAGGAAACGAUGUACCGAGUUGAACUGUGAGCUAAAUGACAGGUUACCCAGAAGAACCCAAGCUGAUGUGGAUGAGGAGCAGGAGCGGCUGGAGGCUCAGCUGCAGACGGCGGAGCAGAGCCUGGCGGAGCGUGAGUGCGGUCUGGCCGACCUGCGUCUGGAGCUGCGGCGCAAGGGGGCGCUGGCGGGCGCCCUGCAGGCCCGCCUCCGCGACGAGGAGCGCCGCUUCCUGGACGAGCUCAAGCGCCGCAGUCACAAGAUCACCGCGCUCGGGCGGCAGCUGCGGCAGCAGACGGACGUGGCGGCGCAGCUCUCCUUCCAGCUGCACUCGGCCCGCUUCAGCCUGUACCACCAGACGGACGGAGGAGGAGGAGGAGGAGGAGAGGAAGAGGAAGAGGAGGAGGGUGGGGAGGAGGAGGACGACGAUGAAGAGGAGAGUGAAGAGGGCUCGCCCGAGUCAGACUGGUCACUGUCCGCGCAGGCAUCCCCUGAGGUGGUUGAGAGACGGCCGCCAAGGGUCUGCGCAACGUCCCCUAGGUCCCGGCGCUCGGAGAGAGUCCGGGAGUGUGUGCCGCGAGCGAGGGUGCACGGGCCGGAGGAGCCACGAGCCAUGCCUGACCCCGCCCUCUUCCUGUACCCGUUUAGGCAUAGGCUGCUGCCGCUGCAUGCCUCACUGGGGCGGAUCUGCAGGGAAGCUGACCAUUCAGAGACCUCAGAGGGGAGACGGAGCAGACACAGCAACCAAUCACCAGUCAGGGGGAGAAUGGAGCCAGACACCACUGAAUUAUAAGUUUAUAGUUAGAUACAUAGGGGAAGUAGAAAUCUCGAUAAAGAGUCUGGUUAUUUAGCUAGCUAGGCAAAUAAAUGUAUUUAAAGGAACACGCCAACUUUUUGGUAAAUUAGCUCAUUUGCCGUCGACCCCAGAGUUAGAUGAGUGAUUACAUACCCUUCUCUUCUCUGUGCAUGCCAUAAUCCAGUCUGAUACCCUACCUACCACCUAGCUUACACAGCUAUUCUAAGCAGAUACAUACUGGGCACUUUUCUAAUGUUGGCAAAGCACCGCUACCUGGGCGCAGUGAUGGCAGACAGCAGCACUGUGUGCCAGGUAACACGUCGUGCACAGAGUUUGAGCACUCAGUGAAGGGAGGAUGUAGUUCUGAGUAUUCCUCUGCUUAGAAAAGACAGGAGUAUGUAUCCUCUCAUCUAUCUCUGGGGUAGACGGUAAAUAGGCCAAUUUCCCAAAAUGUUGCCGUUUUCCUUAGGUCUAUAUUUGAGCCUUACUGAUAGCCUACUGAGCUGAAAAAAAUGAAAGACUUAUAUCACUUCAAGCCCUGGAAUAUGUAAUACAGGGGUCUAAUAUAAAAUACAUCAUUAUUAUAAUCUUCAUAGUCAUGUUCAUCGUUGCUGUUAAUUAAACUACACACUGUAAUAUUGGUACAAUCAAUGAGUCACUCACUUAAACCUCACUGAUUUUAACAAUACUGUGCUGAAUAUGCUGGCCUUAGACUGUUAGAGAAACAUAUGAGAUUGCAUAGAAAAUGUUACUAUUUACUAAGCUUUACUGAGAUAAGCAAAGAGGUAUGUUUAUAUUCAUAAUAAUACAGUCAUGAAGUAUGAUUGUGUUAUGUUUUGUAUCAGGUAUAUCACAGUAUUUGAUGGAACCUGAAUAGGCGUUAUUGUCACUUUAAAAUAAAGUAUUUCUUUAUCAUAACAGUGACGAAAAGUGUUUGCAGCUUUCUCAAAAAUAUUUGAGUUGCUGUUUAGUUAUCCACUUGUGCCUGUACAAAACCAGUUUCAUAGGAAGCCAUAUAAUGAUAAAUGAUGUCCAACGAAUGGAGUAGCAACAUGGAUGGUGUACAUUUAUGUCAAAUAAAAUGUAUUUAAAAGUUCAAA